GCCAGCAGCUGCUUAGUGUAGGAGGGCAGGCUCCUGUCUUCUCUUCAUAUCCAGGGCUGCACAAGUCUUCUCUCUGCCAGGAUCUCUGCCCCAUCAGCCCACCUCACACAACUCCUUGUUUCCUCCGGAGAUUUGACCAGGGUCAACAUGGCAUCAAAGGGAGGCCGCUACAGAGGAUCUGUGAAGGAUUACCCUGACUUUGAUGCCAGCCAAGAUGCUGAAAACCUUUAUAAGGCGAUGAAGGGAUUUGGUAGCGAUAAACAAGCCAUCUUGGAUCUUAUCACAUCUCGAAGCAACCAGCAGCGUAUUCAGACAAUUCAAGCCUACAAAUCCCUGUAUGGCAAGGAUCUUAUUCAUGACUUGAAGUAUGAACUCACUGGUAAAUUUGAAAGACUUAUUGUCGGCCUCCUGCAACCCCCGGCAUACUUUGACGCUAAUGAAAUAAAAGACGCCGUCGAUGGUAUUGGCACCGAUGAAAAGUGUCUCAUAGAGAUCUUGGCCUCUCGGGACAAUCAUCAGAUUCACGCACUAGUGGAGGCCUAUAAAGACGCUUAUGGAAGCGACCUAGAGACAGAUGUUGUCAAAGAUACCAGUGGACACUUUAAAAAGAUGCUGGUUGUUCUGCUGCAGGGCACAAGAGAAGAAGAUGACAUUGUGAGUGAUGAGCUGGUGGCACAAGAUGCCCAGGAUCUAUAUGAAGCUGGUGAAGCAAAAUGGGGCACGGACGAGUCUCAGUUCAUCUAUAUUCUGGGAGGCCGAAGCAAGAUGCACCUCCAGCUUGUUUUUGAUGAGUAUGAGAAAAUAGCUGGGAAGCCAAUUGAGGAGAGCAUACAGGCGGAACUUUCUGGGGACAUUCAGAAGUUGAUGCUGGCUGUAGUAAAAUGCAUACGGAGCACGAGAGAUUACUUUGCAACUAGACUGUACAAAGCAAUGAAGGGCUUAGGUACGGCUGACAACACCCUGAUUCGGAUAAUGGUCUCUCGUAGUGAGAUUGACAUGAUGGACAUUCGGGAGUCAUUUAGGACGCAGUAUGAGAAGUCUCUGUACUCUAUGAUUAAGAAUGACACUUCCGGAGAAUAUAAGAAGGCCCUGCUGAACCUGUGUGGAGGGGAUGAUGAUGCUGCUGGGGAGUAUUUCCCAGAAGCCGCUCAGGCGGCCUUCCAGAAAUGGGAACUUAGCGCGACCACUGCUGCACGCAUCGAGUUGAAAGGAACCAUACAGCCUGCAGCUGACUUCAAUGCAGACAGUGACGGGAAGGCCUUGAGGAAAGCAAUGAAAGGAUUUGGUACCGAUGAGGACACUAUUAUUGACAUUCUCACCAGACGCAGUAAUGCCCAGAGACAGGAGAUAAAACAAGCUUUCAAGUCCCACUUUGGACGAGACCUUAUGGCAGAUCUAAAGUCAGAAAUCUCUGGAACAUUAGCCAAACUCAUUCUAGGACUCAUGAUGACACCAGCCCAGUUUGAUGCAAAACAGAUAAACAAGGCCAUUGUGGGUGCCGGCACAGAUGAAAAAGUCCUGAUUGAGAUCUUGGGUACAAGAACCAACAAGGAGAUCCAAGCUAUUAAUGAAGCAUAUCUAGAAGCCUACCACAAGUCACUGGAAGAUGCCAUAAGCUCAGACACAUCGGGACAUUUCAAGAGGAUCCUUAUCUCCUUGGCAUCGGCGAACCGAGAUGAGGGCGGUGAAGACUUGGAGAAAGCCAUAGAAGAUGCCAAGGUUAUUGCUUCAGUCCUGGAAGUCUCAGAUUCAGGAUCUGGUGACUCAACCUCAUUGGAAACCCGUUUUAUGACCAUCUUGUGCACUCGUAGCUAUCCACAUCUCAGGAGAGUAUUCCAGGAGUUUAUUAAGCAGACAAACCAUGACAUUGAACAUACCAUUAAAAAAGAAAUCUCAGGGGAUGUGAAGGAUGCAUUUGUGGCUAUUGUCCGCAGUGUGAAGAAUAAACCAGCCUUCUUCGCAGAACGCCUCUACAAAGCAAUGAAGGGAGCUGGGACAGAUGAACGGACUUUGACCAGGAUCCUGAUCUCCAGGAGUGAAAUUGACUUGUUCAACAUUCGCCAAGAGUUCAAGAAUGAAUACGAGAAGUCUCUGCAUAACUGCCUUGAAAGUGAAACAUCUGGCGACUACCUCAAGGCUCUUCUGAUCAUCUGUGGAGGAGAUGACUAAACCAGGAACCCGGACUUUUUCUACAUCCAUCCGUGAGCUCACACGCUAAAUGUCUUUGUGGUAGAUAGCAUCUAGGACCUGCAGAGCAACUGUGAAAGGACAACGUCACCAAGCAAUAGAGAAUGCACCAAAGAAAUACAUUGCAUGGGAUGUGGGAGGGCGAUGUAGGUUGGGGGUGAUAAAUAUGGGAUCACCAAAUUGUAACAGAUUGGCCUUAUAAGCCAGAAACUGCUGUGUAUAUGACACUUGGAAACUAUUUCUUACAACACCAAUGCUAUUUCUAGGUCCUUCACUAUUUGGAAGGAUUUAGUCAAGUUGAAAUAAAGUGUCUUUAUACAUAA